AAUCACUUUUUGAACAAACACCUGGCUUUUUUUAAAUUUCUCUCUUUAGUCAACUUUCUGGGAAAAGCCAGCUGAUCUAGUCCACAAAAAUCAAUAAGCCAGAAAGUACAUGUCAAAUCAUCAUUAUCUCAUUUAUCAUAGCACGGAAUCAACGACACGCCCAUUAAGUUUGGUUGACAUAGACCAUUCAUAUAUACAUAUCUCUAUAUAUAUCCCUUCGUCAUGGGUAAUUCGGCGGGUUCGUUGGAGAAGCACAUGGAUACGGCCGACAAAACGGGCGCAUUGUGCUUCUCCCAUAAGAAGUUGGACAAGUUUCCCGUGGCCUUGCAAAAGGUCUCGGGUAAGCUCCGUAAUUUGGACCUGUCCCAUAACCAAUUGACCACCCUUCCCCCUUGGAUCGAAAGUUUCACCCAAUUGCGCAACCUUCACCUGAAUGACAACCGUCUCAAGGCCUUGCCCAACGAACUAGCGGCCUUGGUCAAGUUGGAGAGCCUACACGUGGAGCGGAAUCAUUUGACGGCCUUGCCCGAGUCUCUGGCCCAAUUGAAGAACUUAAAGGAGCUUGGCGCGGCGCAGAACCGCCUGGGCCAAUUUCCAGCCUUCACUCUGACCUUGAAGAAGUUGGACACGUUGAAUUUGGCCCAAAACGCAUUGGUGGCCUUGCCUGCCGACAUGUCGAGCUUGGCCGUGUUGGAGUUGGACUUGAACCAGAACCAGAUUACGGUGAUGCCCGAUACCUUGGCCCGAUGCCCGAGGUUAAAGACUUUGCGCAUGGAGGAGAACUGUUUGCCCUUGACCGAGGUGUCCGAGAUGGUUUUGGCCCAAAGUUCGAUAUCCAGUUUGUCGUUAAGCGGGAACUUGUUCAAUGAUAAGAAACUGGCCGACCAACCCGGAUAUGACAAGUAUCUGGAGCGGUAUACGGCCAUCCGACGCAAGCUCGAUUGAGCGAGAUCGGAAAGAGGCGUGACUCGGAUAGUUGUUUUUUCCAAAUUUCUGAACACUGUCAAUCGUUUGAUUAUGUAUAUAUAUCUUGAUUAUAUUUCUAUCUUUUACGCUGCAUUAAGUACUACUCGUA